AUGGUCAACCUGCCGUUCCAGCUGCCGUCGAUCGGCCGCGCGGCGGGCCCGGCGACGAACGAGGUCGUGGGGACGGUCAACGGCAUCCGGCGGAAGCGCCUCGGCGGCAGCGACAUCGUCGUCAGCGAGGUCGGCCUCGGCACGCAAAGGUGGGGCGGCGCGGACUUCAACAGCCCGGACAAGGAGCUCUGCCACAAGCUGCUGGACCGCGGCGUGCUCGAGGGCGGCAUCAACCUCAUCGACACGGCGGAGCAGUACCCCAUCCCGUCGUCGCGGGACAAGCCCGAGGGCGCGACGGAGGAGAUCAUCGGCUCCUGGCUCGCGGGCGGCAAGGGCCGGCGGGACAAGGUCGUGCUCGCGUCGAAGAUCACGGGCGGCCGCAACGUCAACAAGCGGACGCUCGUAUCCGACUGCGAGGGGUCCCUGAGGCGCCUGGGCGUCGACGCGCUCGACGUGUACCUCCUCCACUGGCCGGCUCGCUACACGCCGCAGUCGAACUGGGGCCAGUCGCUCGAGUACGACUGGGACCUGGGCCAGCGCGCCGUGCCGUCCGCGGCGUCGUUCCGCGAGGUCGUCGGCGCCAUGGGCGAGCUGAUGAAGGCGGGCAAGAUCCGCGGCUACGGCGCGUGCAACGACAACUCGGUGGGCCUCAUGGGCAUGCACGCGGCCGCGCGGGAAUUGGGCGUGGCGCCGCCCUGCGCCAUGGAGAACGACUACUCGCUCGUCAACCGG